GCCGAGGGAGCCGAAGUGUUCUGUGGGCAGGAAGGCGCUGUGGGGCGCAGCCAGGAGCUUCGACCUGCAGCCCUCGGGGAGAAGAGGAGCUGGGAUGGGCCACAAAUUCAAGGAGAAGGCGUCUUCCUUCCUCUUCCAAUAUGACACCCCGCGGAUGGUUCUGGUGCACAAUAAGAAGGUGGGGGUGACCUUCCGACUCAUCCAGCUGGUGGUCCUCAUGUACAUCAUUGGAUGGGUGUUCCUUUAUGAGAAGGGCUACCAGUCAAAAGACAGCAUUAUAAGCUCCGUCUCCGUGAAGCUCAAAGGUUUAACCAUGACCAAUUCCAGUGACUUGGGUCCCUACAUCUGGGAUGUGGCAGAUUACGUUUUCCCGCCACAGGGGGACAGCUCCUUCGUGGUGAUGACCAACUUCAUCGUCACCCGUGACCAGAAACAGGAAACAUGCCCAGAGCAUCCUGAGGCAGGGAAGUGUGAGGAAGACAGAAUGUGCACUGCAGGGAAGUUCCUUCGCCAGGGCCAAGGCAUCAUGACAGGAAAAUGUGUGAACUUCAGCCGCACGGAGAGGACCUGUGAGAUCUUUGGCUGGUGUCCGGUGGAGAUCGAUGACCACGUCCCUAACCCACCACUGCUUCUGGCAGCCGAAAACUUCACCUUAUUUAUCAAGAACAGCAUUACUUUCCCCAAGUUCAAGGUGAACAGGCGCAACCUUGUUGAACGAGUCACCAAGGACUACUUGAGAAACUGCACCUAUCACAAAGUGAGAGAUCCACUUUGCCCCGUCUUUCAACUGGGAUAUGUGGUGGAAGAAUCCGGCCAAAAGUUUUCCAUGCUUGCUCGGAAGGGCGGCGUCUUGGGCAUCUCCAUCAGCUGGAACUGCGACCUCGACUGGCCAGUGAGGCACUGCAUGCCGGUGUACCAGUUCCACGGGCUUUACAACGAAGACAGCAGCAUCUCUCCUGGCUUCAACUUCAGGUACGCCAGGUAUUACAGAGAAAAUGGGAGAGAAUUGAGGACUUUGUACAAGGUGUUUGGCAUCCGCUUUGAUAUUCUGGUGAAUGGAAAGGCAGGGAAGUUCGACAUCAUUCCUACGAUGACCACCAUAGGCUCUGGGAUCGGCAUCUUCGGAGUGGCCUCCGUGCUCUGUGACCUGCUUCUGUUGAAUUUCAUAUCCAACCGGCACUACUACAAGCAGAAGAAAUUCAAGAACGCAGAGCUGGAUUCCAUCAAACCUGAAAAAGAAGAUGCUGUCAGCUCUUUCACGUGUGAUUUACAGGAGAAAGAAAAGGUUUCUCAGUGAAAUGAAGUCAUACACUAAGCAUAAACCCUGCCUCCUCUUCCUUCCUCUUGCAAUGAUCCUGGACUUUUAUCAACCCAUCCCUAAGCAAACAGCUGUAGAAUUUAUACUUGUGCACGUUGGCGUUCCAUCCUUUCUAGGAACUGGGGAGAAAUGGUUUUGCAGAAUUGCUCAAAGUUUUCAGCUCGGAGCGUCUGAAUGAGGGAACAGACAUUUUAGGAGCAAAGAGAAGCCUGGAAUUGGCGUAAACCACAAGAUGGGAGCUGUCCGGGAUGCAAUUGUGGUGGUCUUUGGAAUUCUUAGCUUGGGCACCAAGCAGAACCGGAAAAUGCACGCAGCACGUGGUGAAUCUUCUUAGGGUUAUGCUCCCAAUCCAGCCAGGUCAUACUUGGUUUCCAUCAAACAUCUGGAGAAAACAGCAGCCACUAAGCUGUUGCAAUUACUUGCUGGGUGAGACUUUCAGCUGGCUUGCACGGCAAUGCAAAAUGAUCACUGUAACUUUUUCCAAACCUAAUCCCAAACUAAAAUGUUGUUUGCUGAAGGAAUCACUACAUUUCUGAAGUAUGAGAUGGGGUUCAUUCUGCCCCUACCCUACAAAAUUUAUACCUUUCAAAAACUGCUUUUAUUUCUGAUGGGGAAAGCAUGCAAAAUUGCAUGCAUUUGCAUCAGUGUGCAGAAAAAUGCAUCCAUUUAGGUAAAAUGUGCAAAAAAUGCAGGUUUUUUUAGGGCAUGAAGAUACGUACCCAUUUUCAUGCAGGCUAAAGUGAAAAAUAAAAUCACAAUUUGUUGUGGCAUUUGGGACACAGUGACUGAGGAAAAUGGGGAAGAUGAGUGGAACGGAGGUUUGUAUGUCUGUCUUCUUAGCUUUUGCAGGGGGCAUGCAAAGAGCGCCAGAGUGGGAGCAUAAUUUCCUACACCUGGAGUUCCUCUAUCAUCCGUUCCAGGCCCCCCAAAGGCCGAUAGCCCAAGACACUCCAAAGGGUCCCAGCUAGUGAAAGCUGGCCCUUGCUUCCCAGCGCAACAAGCAUCUCCAUCUCUUUCAUUCCACAGCAUCCAUUGCUGCUCCUGCUGUGUGAACUGGGGAAGGAUUAGGCUUGGAAAAGGACACUUCCAAAGAAUAGAAUUUAUUUUAAAAGCAGAGAAAUAAAGCUCUAGUUUUGGUACUACCUCA